AUUGAGGAAUAGGCUCUUCCGGAGAAUUGCCUGCCUGGCCACUCCGUCCGACUCGACCCAAGGAUGCGGCAGCCUUAAGGUUCAGGCAUCCACGGCAUGAAGUGGCGUGACUGACCAAUGAGACCCCGCGGCGCUUCCUUGCAGCCGCGACGCAAGGGAGGAUUUUCGAAGGGCUCAAGGUGUUUCCGCUGGUAGGAGACAUGAGUGUGACCAGCUGGAUGGACUUCAUGUAUGGUCAAGCCCACCGUGAGCCAAUGGUCCCGUUAUUUGGUGUUUCGCCUGUCAACCUUAUCCCCAGUGGAGAAGACUGGAGGGGUGAAAUCCCGCACUCUGACUCGAGGACUACCGAAGGACGGGCUGAGCCCGCCCACCAGAAAGUAUGGCCGCGAUCAGACAUUUCCUCCCCGAGAAUGAAUCACGCCUCAAAAACUCGAGAGUCCUGUGGCGGCAGCUGCCCUCGCCUGUUAGAACCGCUUGGGGACGUCAUUGGGAGGCCGGAACGAAACGUGCCAGCCCGCCAAGUCAGUAAGACCUCCCUAGUAGCUUUGAACGGUUCCAGAUUCGUCCGUCUCCUUGCCGUCGCCCAUGGACCCUAUCUCGAAGUGGAUAGCCAGGUCGGUUGCACCCCGGGGAGAAAGUACCGAGAUUGGCUCCCCUCACUUCCCAAGACAGGCGUCUCUGCGAGGGCUUAAACGGUCGCGAACGUCGCGCCAUCCGGACAUGCAUGUAGAUCCCUCGACCGUUACUUUCUCUUCCCACCCCCCUUCUUCACCCUCUCUUCAAGCCCCCUCCCUUUCUCACUC